CCUGACAAUAGUUUUCAACAUUUUCGAAACUUCUUACUUCACCUCUGAGGCCCUAAGCACAUUGUACAGUUACUUGUGUAAAGUACUCUAAAGUGUUUUAAUUUUUCAUCUCUUACCGAAUAAUGGAAGUGAAAUCAUUAAACUCUCGUGGUUCAGUCGACUUCGGGGAAUCGCCUAUUAAUUUUCUUAAGAGCAUUUUCAAAGAAAAUAGCGGCUCGUCGGCUGAGAAUGUUAAGCAAGAUCCUUUGGAGGCUGUCAAACAAGAUCCUGCGGUGUUAGAAGCGCAGGUGACGAUGCAUAAGAAAGAAGAAGCUAUUAACACUGCGAAUUCGCAAAGAAGUCUUAACAUCAUUGCUGAAGACCCGUCCGAGGAAUCACCGUUCCCUCGGCCUCCGUCACCAGAGGCAGCUCCGUCGCAGUUCCCGAGCUUUGAAGACAUGGUGAGGCAGCAGCAAGCAGCCCUGCUCUCGCUAACCCCUCACCAGCUGGAUGUCCUCAUGAAGUAUGCUGCCGUUUUGCGUAGACAGAGGGCGAUUUCGCAAAAAUAUUUGGAGUGUGCAUUUUGCAAAAACAAUGGCAAGCCGUCGAGCUGGUACACAACGCAUGCUCUUCGAGACGCCCGUGGUCGUGUGAAGUGCCCUAUUCUUCGCUCCUACUGUUGUCCGCGAUGUGGCGCCACCGGCGACCAUGCUCACACCAUCAAAUACUGCCCAGACUCGCUAUACGACUCACAAAGCAGCUCCGGAACAUCUUUGUUUUAAAUCAAUAUAACGUUUUAACCAAAA